AUGCUAUUUGCGCACGAUGGUCUCUGGACCAAGGUCUGCCUAGGACAUGACGUCCUCGUAACCCAGAUUACAUUCAAAGGCACCCCCUCUGGGUCUCGAUCGACGGUUGAACUAGAAUAUCAGGCAUUUGAUGGCGAGGCAAAAUCAUGCCAGAUCGCUUCUUUGAUCCCUGGACAGGUUGAGAAUGUCAGCCUUCAGUUGCCCUUAAAAAGCCAGGCGGAGCAUUGCAUCGUCAACAGUGGUACCAGCAACAUAUCUCUGGUUGGAUUUUAUAUGUCCUCGGGCGAGCCAACUUUGCCGAUGCCACAUCCACCCUAUUGGCCAUGGGCGGCUAUGCAUUCCCCAGCGAUCAACCCACCCCAUGUACCAGCCACCAUUUCCGUAACACCACUAGCAGUACCUGCUCUCGGCACUGGCCCCGCAUCAAGAACACGUCGGAGCGUGGCCAGGACGUCCAGUGAGCUGACGAUCCCCGAUGAAGAAGUGAAACCCACGGCUCGGAAACGCAAGUCGUCGCUAGCCGAUGUCAAACCUCCUCUCAAACCUGCUGUGAAGAGGCCUAGAGCAAUCCGAAAAGGCCUUGCCGCAGAUGACACUGUAAGCAUCGACCCAUCGACUGCGGAUCCAGACGUGCCUGCAAGCGGUAAAGCGGUAGUCCCAACAACCGUCCCAGUUCCAACAGUUGAGGGGAACCCCUCCUUCAAGGCGCACAAAUCGUCCAAGAAGACUAUACCUGGCCGAUCUGGACACCACGCUCGACCUGAGGGCACCUUGGAAAAUUCACUCCUGUCUCCUGACAUGACACCCAUCACAUCGGCGCUGAGCGAACACCACGCUCGACCUGAGGGCACCUUGUUGGACGACUCGCUCGUGUCUGCUGCAAGGUACUCGAGGAUCCUGACGCCAUCCAAGAUGUUCUUACAAGCUCCCAUCCCAAUUAUAACCAUCGAUCUGGGUCUUCCUCUCAAGAGCCUCUCGACGAAUCCGCGAACCCGCUCUCCUCAUCUCCGUGCAAAGCAACUUUACAUCACCGAGACACGGUUGUGGCAGGUUCGCGACGGCCCUCCACAACGUGCUGAGACGGAUACCCGCUAA